UCUUUCAUAUUUUUGUUAAAUGACGCCUAGAAAUAUUGUUUAUUCCAAAUGUCGAGUUAAUUAUCUAUAUAAUUAUUACGACAAUUAUUUAAAUCCUCAUGGAAGAUCUUUUAGUUCAAUUGUAAAAUAUACAAACGGUUCUUCUACUAUUAAUUUUAAUUCUAAUUCUAAAAAUGAUGAAAUUAAUUGUUUAAAUAAAUUAUCCCUAAGGUUUUAUGGAAAUGUUGGAAAAGACUGGCUCCCGAAACGAAACCAAUAUACUAAAUAUCGUAUCACUAAGCCAUGGACCUCUGACAGUGUUUACGACGAUUUAUUCCUCUCCCAACCUUCCAAGGAAGAUUUUUACCCAUUCACCAAGGAGAUGCCUGUGUUUUUGAAGUUUCUUAACCUUUUAACCACCGCUCAGAACAGGAAAGAUGUUUUCGUGGACUUUGUCAAGAGGUGUGAGAACGGCCUUGUUGUUGAGAAGGACGUUUACCUGACUAAGGAUGAACUACUAGAGUGUAUGUGGGCUAAUGGAUACUCAGAUUCUGAAAUGAACGCCUUCAGAUUUGCAUUUCCCAACGAUUACAAGUUUCAUUAUCCAGAGUUGGCUGUGUUGUUUGAUUUGGGUGAAGAGGACUGUUACAAAUACUGUGUUAAGGAGCGGGCUAGUAACCCUGAGGAGUUGGUAGAGUUAAAGUUGAAGAAACCAACAAACCUCGUGUCCAGUUAUGGGCUUGUGUUCCUAGGGUGCUGGUUUGCACUUUCUAACGCUGUUCUUGGAAACGCUUGGUUUUUUGCUAAAACUCUUCCUUUUGGAGCUGUUUUCUACCUUCUAGCCUCAUACUUCCAGAAAUGGCUCAAGGAGUACUUUUGGAAGGAAGAAAACGCACUAAUUGAAAAGGUUAAACAGGAGAAAGAGUACUGCGAAGAUGCCAUAUACUCACAACUAAGAAAGUACUUGGAAGAUUCCAAGUGUGUUGACUACGUUGAGAGUUUCAAGUCCGAAGUGGUUAACAGGAUGGAGAACUACAAGAAGGCACUUCUGGUCAGGAUGAAAAAUGAAGCCGCACAUCUCAUGAAGGAACGCCUUAACAACAUGGCACACCAUGAAGCCGCAAUAUCUAGCUCACUAGAAAAGAAUAUGAUAAGUGAAUUGGUGAAGUUGUUUUUGGAGACUUUUUCCGCCAGUCCUGAAAUGAAGACUGAGGCAUUAGCCUCGUCAAUAAGUGAACUUAAAGGUGAAUACAAUAAACUUGAAGACCCUCUUUUCAAGUUCUUCAACAAUAAUCUUGGCGAAUUUCAAUCAAAUGAAAGUAAAAAACGCUCAAAAAAUGAUGGGACUGACACCUUUGUUGAUAGGUGUAACAGGCUUUUUCAACAAAAGGAACAGGAAUUUUUAAACACCUUCACUGUCACACCUGAGGAGUUUAACGAGGUUUCGAGUUUAGCCAGGCUUUGCAAGUCUAACAAGGGAUUUAACCUUGAUAAACUAAGCCCUGAUCAAAGAUCAAAAUUGGAUAACCUAUACCUAACUCUAUCCCAAAAGAUGGGUUACUAUGUUCCAACUGUGCCAAAUGUAUCAGUUCAAGGCUUACCUUUAACUCCAGCUGAUACUUCAGACCAAUCAGACUCAUUUCUCCACAAAGAACUUUCUGAAAAACUAGACCUUGUUAGGACAUCAAGACUUCAUGAUUUCUUAAGACAAUUUGUUUAAUUAUACUAAUGUAUAUACAUAAUAGUAUACUA